AGUGUGUUAUGUUAGGGGCAUCGGGUCAUGGGUUUCCUGCACUCGUCGUUCUCUCCCGACGCACAAAUCCUCCGACCUGUUCAUCGUGAGCGUCUCAUCAAUGUCUGGCACCGGUCGACUCGCAGGGAAAGUCGCCCUUAUCACGGGUGCGGGCGCAGGGAUAGGUCUGGCCGCAACGAAGAGGUUCCUGGCGGAGGGGGCAAAGGUCGUGGUCGCGGACCUUAACAUAACGAAAGCCCAGCAAGACCCCGAGCUUCUGAGAGACGAGUACAAGGACUCGAUCGCUUUCAUCCAGGGAGAUGUCACGAAGGAGGCGGAUGUGAAAGCGAGCUGCGAGCUCCCUCUGGAGAAGUGGGGGAAGCUCGAUAUUGCGCUGCUAAACGCGGGCUUGGGGCACCCGACUCAGCCGUGGCUGACGACAGACGAGAGCGUCAUAGACAAGAUGCUCGCCGUCAACGUGAAAGGACCGUGGUUUGGGGUGAAGCACGCUGUCGCCUCCAUGAUUGCUUCCCCUCAUAAGGGAAAGGGGUGCUCCAUCGUCCUAACGUCCUCCGUAGCGUCCACGUACGGCGAGCCCGAGUUUUCACCUUACGUCGCGGCCAAGUGGGCCGUGCGCGGGCUGGGUCUCGUUGGCGCGCAGGAGUUCGCCAAGUACGGGAUCCGCGUCAACACCAUCCAGCCCGGGGCGACGAACACGCAGCUCUACCAGGAUUCCUUCCCAGAGGAGGUCAAGCAGGCGAUUCUGAAGACGAAUCUUAUGGGCAGGCCAGCGGACCCGAUGGAGAUUGCGAAUGUGAUGUUGUUCUUGGCUAGCGAUGAGGCUAGCUUCAUGACUGGGUCCACGGUCGCGGUGCAUGCUGGUCAGACACCCACUUAGCGAGCCGUUGUGAAGGAUGGGGACAGUGGGUUAAAACAAUUGCAUUUGUGUAUGUAAGUUACAGACGAAUUCAACGGUCGGUUGUAUUCCUACAGCAGGUUCCUUUGGAAUUGCUGAUACGAACGAGAAUAGACAUCGG